GAGAGAUCUUUAUAAUUUUGGAGGGAGAUUCCUUUGUGAUUUUGCCCUUUUCAUGUGCCAUGUUAUAAUUUGAGCUGCCUUUCAAUUUCAGCAUUGCCCUGUUACUUGUUCACUCUCUUUUUUCUCUCUCUGUGAUUCAUGUCACCUUGCUAUUAUUAGUUGAUCUGGAUGUAGCUAUCUGACAGAGAAACAAGCGCCUGUUUGUCUGCUUUCACUGCCCUUCUUCUUUUUCUUUCUUUGUUUCCCUCUUUCUUCCUCUUCCUCCACUGCACAACAUUCCUUGAUGCUAUCUUGGUUCUUUGGGUCUGUUGGUUUAGCACUUGGGAACUUGGGAUCUUGAGUUCUAUAGAGUGAGGGCGAUGGUUGGCUGCUUUCUUGGGUUGAUUUCGGAAUCUUUUCUGUUCUGGCUUUCUUCUUAAAUGAAGUUUGGCUGUUUACAUUAAAAAGUUUUUGGACAAGAAGGGGUGGAGCAGGUUUAUUAGGGUUCCUGAUUUCUGAUCCUAAGUUAUUGAUCAUGCCGUUAGUUCAAAAUUCCUUUCUUAAAUGGUUUCUAUGAAGCACAUUAGCGGGUCUCCCUUCGGUUUCAUUCCUUGGGUUGGAGUACUUGGCUUCUUCAUCGCUGCAAGCCUAUAAUUAAGGUUUCGCUCUUCUUCAUCCUUAGAGCAUUCUGUUCUCCCUGAUCUAGUCCAAGUCUUCAAGGGUUUCGUUCACUUUCAUAAGAAUGAGGGAUUUCCCUUCGUGUUUCGGUGAAAGCGGAGUUCAGGUGGCUGAUGCCUCGUCGAAUUCAAGCAAAACCUCUCAGAAUCUUGUUACUUGUCUCUAUAGCACACAGCUCUGUGGCCGCUCGUAUGUGAUCACCAUCACUUGGACCAAGAAUAUGAUGGGCCAAGGUCUGAGUAUCGGAAUAGAUGAUUCCAGUAACCAGUCCCUCUGCAAGGUGGAUAUAAAGCCAUGGCUAUUCUCAAAAAGAAAAGGUUCCAAGAGCACGGAGGCAGAAAAUAACAGGGUGGACAUCUUCUGGGAUCUCUCUAAUGCAAAGUUUGGUUCAGGGCCAGAGCCACUGGAAGGUUUCUAUGUUACAGUGCUCUUUGAUUUCCAGAUAGUCCUCCUUCUUGGUGAUCUGGUCAAGGAGGCAUACCGGAAAGCCAAUGCAGGCCCACCUCCUUCUAAUGCCAUGUUCAUUGCGAAGAGGGAACACAUAUUUGGCAAGAAGGUUUACUGCACAAAGGCUCAAUUCUGUGAUAAUGGUCAAAUUCAUGACAUAGUGAUUGAGUGUGACACAGUUGGGUUGAAAGAUCCUAACCUUGAGAUUCGCAUCGAUAAGAAGCGGGUGAUGCAGGUGAAGCGGCUCUUAUGGAAAUUUAGAGGAAAUCAGACAAUUCUUGUCGAUGGAUUACCUGUUGAGGUAUUCUGGGAUGUGCACAACUGGCUUUUUGAUGCUUCUAUGGGUAGCGCGGUUUUCAUGUUCCAAACUUGUGUUUCAACUGAGAAGUCAUUGUUGUGGGGUUCUUCGCAAAGGUUCAGGGAACCUCAGUUACGGGGUACCAGUUUCUCAUUGAUUUUGUAUGCCUGGAAGAAUGAAUAGGUGUGAGCGUGCAGUGGAGAGUAUUCACACUUCAUCAUCUCUUUUGAGUGCUAACAUAAUACGAUAGUGCGUGAUUUCCUUUUAAUAUUGUGAGCAGGCCUCCCUUGUGUUUUGGCUUUUUUCUAUUCCUUUCUUGAUAAAAUUUGAUAUAUAUGGACAUAUCAAACAAUAUCAAGUGCUCAGAAAAUGUUAUUCUAGAUGCCAUUUGUGACCUUUCAAGUUCUAAUUCUGUUGUUUUAAUUGCAUUUUUUUGUUGUUGGAAAGAAUAUUAAUUUUUC